AUGGCCGCGAACGGAAGAGCUCGCAGAAUUGCUAAAGAACUUGCAGACGUUGAAAACGACAAGACCGCCGGAAUCUCUGUUUGGCUGGUCUCGGACGAUGUUUCUCAUUUGAAGGGAAGCUUCAGUGGUCCUCAGGGGACUCCCUAUGAAGGCGGCACCUUUGUCACCGAUAUAACCAUCCCGAUUGACUACCCAUUCCGCCCUCCCAUCGUCAAGUUCGACACCCGCGUCUACCAUCCGAACAUCUCCUCGCAAACAGGCGCCAUCUGCCUCGACAUUCUCAAGGACCAAUGGUCACCCGUGUACACCAUCAAGUCGGCGCUCAUAAGUUUGCAAUCGCUAUUGUGCACGCCUGAACCAAACAAUCCCCAGGACGCCCAGGUGGCCGGCGUAUACUUGAAGGACCACCCCAAGUUUGUCGAGACGGCUCGAGAAUGGACACGCACAUACGCCAACGCAGGCGAACCUAAAGACGCUGCAGCAGCUGCGGGCAUCGACAAGCACCUUGUCGACGAGAUUGUCGCGCUCGGCUUUCCCUCCGACAAGGUCGUCGGCGUGCUGCAGAAGCUCGGCGUACACAACAAGGACGAACUCGAGAAGGCAGGAGGCGUAAACAAGGCACUCGAUGCUCUUCUCGCCUAG